AUGGCGAAUGGAUCACUUGCAUCGCAGAACAGCUGUGCUUCGUGCAAUUCUGUGUGGGCCUUUUCCAAAAGCUUCAAUGCAAGGCAACUUACCCGCCUUGCUGGAUUUGAUAUCAUUUGGACAAGUAAUCUGUUAGAUCACCUUCUUAUCCAAGAUGAGGAUGAAAAGUUGAAGGUCCAUGUCUUCCACCAUGUCAAAGUCCUUGAGAAUCAUUUAACAAUCAAAAAUUCUAUCAUACCCCCCGAGUUAAUUUUGGAGACUAUGGACACCCUAGCCCUUAUGAUUCCAAGGGCCGAUCGUCGAGUUCGAAAAUGGUAUAGACAGCUUCAAAGGCCGUAUGUACUGGACCCAAGUGUCCUCUCACUUGAGUACUUGAAGUCUGAGAAUCGAAGAAUCGACCACUUUGUAUUCUGGGGAGGUCGACUAAGAAAGCUGAAACGAGCUUUUGACGACCAUGAACCCCAUGGCCCUCUACAAUGGUGGCGAGAUGACCGCAAACCAGUUCAGUGGUGGACUUUCUGGGUUGCAGCUUUAGUCUUGGCACUCACAAUCAUUUUUGGCUUUACACAGUCUGUGACAGCAAUACUGCAGUUGAUGAAGUCGUAG